AUGGAAAAUAAACUGUUUGUGACUUUUCUCUUCUCACUUUCUGUGUUGUUUUGUGACGCUCGCCACAAUGUCUUGGAACAAGCCACUACUGCACAAACUCCAGACAGCCUCAUCCCUGAGAAGGCAGCUAGCAUCAAUGUCGAUUUGGCCAUGCUUAUGCAGAGGCAUCAUCUUCAGGAACUUUUCUCUCGUUAUGGGGAGAACAGUACGUUAACCAUUGAAGGGUUUAGGAAAUUGCUACGUAACAUGGGCAUUGAAAAGAUUAAAAGAGUUACCAUAGACCAUGAACACCACCACCACCAUCGUAAGCACGUCGCACUGGGUACCAACUUGGAGAAAACAGGUUGCCCCAGCAAUGAAUCUAAUGGUGUAAGCAAAGAUCUCCGUAAAAGCCAGACAAAAGUUUUGUCUGGAGUAGAGAAUAGUAAGCACCACCAGGGCUCUAUGAAUAGCAAGAGCACGACAGUAACGAUAAUCACAUCUGCUUACACCACGGCCACGGAAGGCAACCCUCUUGUCCCGCAUUCCGAUCCUGUAGAAUGGAAGGCUUCACACGCUGGACUGGACAGCCCCCUACCCAGCCUCGGCCUGGAAAGCAGCAAUAUGAGUUUGCUUGUGAGUGGGAAAGCAAAUGAGUCUCUUUCUGUGAGGGAAUCUGAAAGGGGAAGCUACAUGUAUUCUAAAAUAAGAAAACCAAGUACACAAGAGUGUUUCAAUGCAUCAAAACUGAUGCUUUCUCAUGGAAUAAACACACAAGCCAUGUUGACAGCUACAGAAUUUAGUUAUCUUUGUCCGGCUAUUGUAAACCAGAUUGAUGGCAGAUACUGUAUAAUUCAUGCAACAAGCGAAAAGGCGGAAUCUCCUCCAAAAACAUAUUCAUUGCAAGUAGCUUGGAUUGGAGGAUUUAUAUCGAUCUCCAUCAUCAGUUUUCUUUCGUUACUGGGUGUUGUGUUGGUGCCACUUAUGAAUCGUGUAUUUUUCAAGUUCCUUCUCAGUUUCCUUGUGGCAUUAGCAGUUGGUACCCUAAGUGGAGAUGCUCUUUUGCAUCUUCUUCCACAUUCUCAUGGAAAUCAUCAUCAUCAUGAGCAACCAUUAAUGGAGCACAGUAACGAUCCUCUGAUGAGGCAUGUCGUUUUCCAAAGUGGAGAAGAGAGUGCUUAUUUGGAUUCUACCUGGAAGGGCCUCACAGCACUUGGAGGGCUAUAUUUCAUGUUUCUAGUGGAGCACUUAAUCACUUUAAUUAAGCAGUUUAAAGACAAGAAAAAAAAGAAAAAAAAUGAUGAAGAUGAAGCAGAAAUCAAGAAGCAGCUGUCUAAAUAUGAUUCACAGCUUUCAACAAAUGAAGAAAAAUCAGAUGCAGAUGAUCGUCCUGAAGGUUACCUAGGGGCAGAUUCCCAAGAUCCGUCCAGCUUUCUUUCUCAGAAGCCAGUAGUACAAGAAGAAGAAGAAGUCAUGAUAGUUCGCUCCCACCAAGGGGCGGCUGCUGAUCAUGAAUACGCAUCCAGGGGAUGCAGAAACAAAUGCCAUUCCCAUUUACACGACACUCUUGGGCAGUCCGAUAGUCAUCAUCACCAUGACUACCAUCACAUUUUGCAUCACCAUCACCACCAGAACCAUCACCCACACAGCCACAGUCAGCGCUAUUCACGCGAAGAGCUGAAGGAUGCUGGUGUAGCCACCCUGGCCUGGAUGGUGAUCAUGGGGGAUGGGCUGCACAACUUCAGCGAUGGUCUUGCCAUUGGUGCUGCGUUUACGGAAGGCUUAUCCAGUGGUUUAAGUACAUCUGUUGCAGUAUUUUGUCAUGAGUUACCACAUGAGUUAGGAGACUUUGCUGUACUUCUCAAAGCUGGAAUGACUGUCAAACAAGCUGUUCUUUAUAAUGCUCUCUCGGCUAUGCUGGCAUACCUUGGCAUGGCCACUGGGAUACUCAUUGGUCAUUAUGCUGACAACGUUUCCAUGUGGAUCUUUGCACUUACAGCUGGGCUCUUCAUGUAUGUGGCUCUUGUUGAUAUGGUGCCUGAAAUGCUCCACAAUGAUGCCAGCGAUCAUGGAUGUAGCCGCUGGGGAUAUUUCAUGUUACAAAAUGCUGGAAUUUUGUUAGGUUUUGGCAUCAUGUUACUUAUCUCUGUGUUUGAACACAAAAUUGUCUUUAGCAUAAACUUAUAAUAUUUUGUUUACUUUUUGGAUGUUGAUCUCAGUAUUGAGAAUUAACGGUGGGCACUUCUUUCUUC